AUGGCCGACGAUGAACAAGUUGAAAACGGUGACAAUCAAGCUGUUGAUGUUGCUGCAAAUUAUUACGCUCGCCUACAAAUGCCACCUUUUGUUGAGUCGGAUGUGGAUAAUUGGUUUUAUUUGUUGAAUUUCUAUUUCCGAGCAUCAGGUAUUGCACACGAUGGCCGCAGAUUCGAUACGGUAUGCUCACAAUUGCCACUCGCAAGGCUAACCGAGCUCCGAUCCAUUAUUGAUGCAGCUCCGGAUACCGAGAAGUACAAAUACAUUCGCACUGAACUCACAAAUUACUUUGCCGAUAGCCAGCAAAAACGACUUCGUCGAAUACUUCACGAUAUGCCUCUCGGCGACAAAAAACCUAGCCAGCUCUACUACGAGAUGGUUCAGACAGCUAAGGACUCAUUAAGCGAAGCCGUCCUACUCGAUUUAUGGGCUUCCCGUCUGCCACAAUCCGUUCAUGCAGUCGUUGUGUUGGUAAAAGGGGGUGUGGAUGAAAAAACUCGAAUCGCCGACACCGUUAUGGAAAACGUCGAAUUACGACAGCUUAAUGCGAUUGUACCCUGCAGCUCACCACCAAAGCUCAGUGAACAUCAAGCCCACACCUCCGCCGAUGCGCCAUCAACUUCGUCUGAAGCCGCUUAUUUGGUGCAAGAAUUUUCUAAAUUGUUGACAAAGCACCAACGACCGUCACGACAACGUACGCUCACUUCACCACGCUCAGGUCAGCCUCGAAUUUCCAGCCAGCGUAGACGCGAUCAUUCCAUCGAGCAGUUCGACGACUGCUGGUUCCAUCGACAAUUUGGUAAAAGAGCCACUAAUUGUCGUCAGCCUUGCCGAAUCGGUAAAAAUUUACCAUCAGGUUCACGGCAACAGUUGUGA